AAUGACGGAAGUGACGGGGGCUCGGCGAUGGCCGCCACACAGGCGCACAAACGGCUGUUGGGAGGCUUCUGUGUGGCGGCCGCCGAGACCUUCUCUGUCUGAGCCGCGGUUCCUGAGUCCGGGGUCCCGUUUCCCGGGAAAUGAAAUGGAUGGAUACUCAAAACACUGAAAAAACCUUCAUAUUUAAAGUACUACAUGAAAAUGAAAAGAAAGGUGGUGAAUGCCGCCGGCAAGCUGAGAUUGAGUCCUAACGAGGAAGCCUUCAUUUUAAAGGAAGAUUAUGAAAGAAGACGAAAACUAAGAUUGCUACAGGUUCGAGAACAAGAAAGAGAUAUUGCUUUACAAAUAAGAGAAGAUAUAAAACAGAGGAGAAAUCAGCAACUCACUCGUUUGGCAGAAGAACUAAGGACAGAAUGGGAGGAAUCACAAACUCAGAAAAUAAAGAACUUGGAAAAACUGUAUUUGGCAAGUUUAAGAAAUAUGGGAGAGGGGCAUCAACAAGCCAAAGAAAAUGAGCCUGAUUUAAAUGCUCUGGCACACCGGGCAGCAGAAAGAAAAAAAAAAGCAGAAAUGAGGCAUAAAGAGGCCCUGAAAGUACAGAAAAAUCAAAAAGAAAUGUUAAUGAAACAAAAAACCUGGCAUAUAAAAGCUCGAAAAGAGGCACUGCUUGCGGAAAAAGAGAGAUCUGCCAAAAUUACAAGUCUGCCACCUCCUCCUCCAACUCUUUUUGAGAACAUUGAAGUAAAGAAAACUUCUAAUGUGAAAACCAAUAGUUCUACCUACCAUCAUCUUUAUACUUUUGUUAAUAGAGAGGUGGACACAGAGCAGCCAGAUCCUCAUUUGGCUGCUAAAGAAGAGGCUAAAAGAUUGGAAGAACUACAGAAACAAGCAGCAGAAGAGAGAAUGGAGCAGUGUGAGAAGGCACAUGCACGGGGUUUCCAAGCAAUGAAAAAGAUCCAUUUGGCUCAAAAUCAGGAGAAACUAAUGAAAGAACUCAAACAGCUACAACAAGAGGAGCUGGCACGCAGGAGACAGAUGGUAUCACGGAUGCCACCACAACUAGUUGAACUUCCAUACAAACGCAGUGAAAUGAAAGAUGAUUGGCAGAGAGAGCUAGAAUUUGCCUUUGAAGACAUGUACAAUGCAGACAGGAAGAUGAAAGGAAACCUGAUUUUGCACCUUGAACCAGAGCCUCUGCCCACUGUGACUGAUCAGAUCCAAGAUGAAGAACUGGACCUUUCAAUGGAACAAGAAAUUUCGGGGGAGACUGAAAACAUUCCAGUGACAGAAGCUGAAACAAUAUGUUCUAGUGAAGCAGACGUUCCCUUGGCAAUGAAGACCCACCAGAUUCCUUCAAAAAUUCUUUUUAAAAAAUUAUUAAAUAAGAUCCGAAACCAAAAAUCUCUCUGGACAAUUAAAUCCAUGUCUGAGGAUGAAAGCGAAAUGAUGACAACUGUUAGUGAAACUGAAAGUAAAGCCCUGACAGUUGAAUCAGGAGCAACUGUGAGUGAAGACAGAACAGUAUCUUCUGGGCAGAAACAAGUUGUUGAAAGUGACACGCUAACAGUUGACUCUGGACCACUUACUAGUGAAGAUAAACCACUUUCAUUCAAUACAGACUCUGAAAAGGAACAAGAAAUGAAAGAGACUCAGCCUAUCACAGCUGUAGCUCAGAGUUCAGUUCUACUUCAUCCUCAGGAAGAAGCAGCCAGAAUUAGAAUGGCAGCAAGGCAGAAACAGAUAAUGGAAAUAGAAGAACAGAAGCAAAAACAGUUGGAAUUACUUGAACAAAUUGAACAACAGAAGUUAAGAUUAGAAACUGAUUGCUUCAGAGCUCAGCUGGAAGAAGAAAAAAGAAAAAAAACUCAACAGACUGGGGUUGGCACUGCACCAGCAUCAUGCACCAUAAGUUCUGAUGAAGAUAAUCACAGGCAGAUGAUUCGUAACUAUCAACAACAGCUCUUACAGCAAAACAGGCUUCACAAACAGUCUGUUGAAACAGCCAGGAAACGAUUACUCGACUAUCAGACUAUGUUAAAAGGAAAGUACCCAUCCAUGUCAGCUACACCAUUGAUACCUGGUUCUGUUACAUCAGUACCACCACAGAAAUCUGAAAGACCUGCUGUUACAUCAGAACAUGAGGAUCAAGGUCAGAGACCCAAGUUGAGUCCUAACAAACAACCUAUGCAACCCGUACAGAUCUCCAAAUUAGAGCAAGAUUUUCAGGUUCCAAGACAACAUCGCUUUCCACAAAGACAGGUAGAAACAACCGAAACAUUAGUUACUUCAGAUGUUUUAGCCGAGCAAGCUUUGGAAUCACAGGAACAGCCAAAGCAACUCUCACAGACUGAAACACAACAGAGAGACUAUAAAUUGGUCCCUAAAGACUCUCAUACACUUUCAAGGGCUUUGUCACAUGAUAAGCCACUGAUAGUACAGGAUGCUAGAGAAAGAGCUGAAACCUCUGGGGCAACAACUUUUCAAACUUUAGACUCCCAGCAAAUGUUCUCAGAGAACAAUGAAAGUAUAUCGUCUAAGUUAAUUGAACCUUCUUCAUUCCUACCAUUGGUAGCUGAGCAUUCUUUUAGUUCUCUGCCUACUAAAGUUGAGUCUGGAAAAAUCCAGGAAUGCUUUUCAACUGGGAGCAAAAGUGUAGUUUCUGUAAGCCAUUCUGUAGUUGGCCAAACGCAGGAUAAGUCUUUGCCAUUCUCAGAGAAUAUCAUAGCCCAGCAAGGUAAUUUGAAGGCUCUCCAAAAACAAUUAGACCUACAGAAAGAAGUUCUUCGGUUAAGACAGGAAGCUCAGGAACAAUUGCUUUUGUGCAAACAGAAAGAAUUGGAAGAGCAAACUGGCCUUUCUGUAUUCCUUCCUUUGGUACCUCUGGAUUCGUUUGCUUCACUGCCUUCUGCCAAAGCUGAGUCAGGGAGAAUCCAGGAAUCUUCUCCAACCAAGAAAGAGACUACAGUUUCCUCAGGCCAUCCUGGGGUCCCACAACUUCAGGAUAGGCUUAAUUUUAAAUUUCUCCAAGAACAGUUAAAUAUUCAGAGGGACAGCUUUCAGGCUAGACGGGAAGCCCAGGAAGUAUUAUGUGUACAUAAACAGAGUGAAUUGGAUGGAAGAGUAUGGGCUGAACAGACUGAGCCCCCUUCUGUCCCAUCUCAAGGAGCUCAGCAUACAUUUACUUCACUACCUUCUGCUGGUACUCAAUCUGGAAAAAUCCAGGACCAGUAUUCAUCUAAGAGUGAGAAGGAAAUUCUCUCAAUCCAAUCUGAAAUCCCAAAAUCUCAGGAUGGGUCUUCAAGUUUCCUACAGCAGUUCCAACCUUUGCAUGAUAGUUUGAAGUUGCUCCAAGAACAGCUGACUACACAGAGGGAUGCUCUUCAGGCCAGGCAUGAAGCCCCGGCAGAAUUACUUCUACGUAGACAAAGGGAUUUGGAAGACUCUAAUAAGUCUGUGCAGAUGAGUUCUUCAUUCCUGCCAGUGGUCACUCAACGUUCAGUUGCUUCACAAGCUUCUGCUAAAACAGAGCCUAGAAGAAUUCAGAACUUUUAUUUCUCUGAGAAGGAGAGUGUUAUUCCCUCAAGUCAUUUGGUAAUGCCAGCAUUUCAGGAUGAGUCUCUUAAUUUUCCACAACGUAGCCUGCCACAUCAGGAAAGUCUAACAACACUCGAAGGUCAGUCACACAUUCAGAGGGUAAUACUUGGUGCUAAACAAGAAACUCAGGAAUUUGUACACAAACAAAGUGAAUUAGAAAAAAAAAGUCCUUCUGAACAGACUGGCACCUCUUUGUCUCAGGGAGCUGAAUCUGAAAAAUUCCAGAACUAUAUGUCAUUCAGGAGUGACAGUACAGUUCCCUUAAGCCACUGGAAGAUCCCAAGAUUUCAGGAAAGAUUUCUGGGAUUUUCACGACAUAUACAACCUCUACAAGAUAAUUUGGAAGGACACCAAGAAUGGUUAGACACAGAAGAGGAGACCCUUCAGUUUAGCCAGAAAACCCAAGGGAAUGUAUCUUCUGAACAAACUGGCCCCUCGUUUACACCCCAGUUAGCACAGCUUUCUUUUCCUUCAUUGCCUUCUGCUGAAUCUCUUACAACCUGGGAACCUCUUUCAGCAGAGAGUGAGAGUAGAAUUCCUUCAAGCCAUUUUCAGAUCCCAGAAUUGCAGGACAGACUUUUGAAGAUAUCACAGCUUAUCCAGCCUCAACAAGAUAAUUUGAAGGCACUUCAAGAACAGUUAGCUACACAGAGGGAAGCCAUCAUUCAGUCUAGACAGGAAGCUCAGCAAGAAUUACUUUUGCAUAAACAGAGUGAGUGGAAGGGAAGAAUGUCUCCCGAGCAGGUUGGCACCUCUUCCUUCCUACCCCUAGUUGUACAGCGUCCUUUUGCUCCAUUACCUCUUAGUGAAGCUGGUAGAAUCCAAGAACCUUGUUCAACUAAGGGUGAUAAUAUAGUCUCCCCAAGUCGUUCUGAGAUACCAAGGUUGCCUGAUAGGCUUUUGGGUUUACCACAGCCUGUUUUACCUCAACAAGAUUAUCCGAUUACAUUUCAACAGGAACACGUGUAUACACAGACAGGUCCCCUUCCAUGUAGUGAGAAAACCCAGAAAGAGUUGGUUUUGCCCAGACAAUAUAAAUUAGAGGAAAAGUCAUCUGAGCAUUUUAUCCAGCCUCUCCAUGGUGAUUUGAAGGCACUUCAAGAGCAGUUAGACAAACAGAGGAAAGCCACUCAAUCUAGACAGGAAGUCCGAGAAGAAUUGCUUUUGCAAAGACUAAGUAAAUUGGAGAAGGGGGUCUCACCUGAGCAGACCAGCACCUCUUCAUCCUUAUCCCACAUAGCACUGCCUGUUGCUGACUCUGAAAGAAUCCAAAAAUCUCUUCCAACCAGAAGUGACAGUACUGUUUUCUCAAGUCAUCCUGAGAUUCCAAGGUCUCAGGAUAGGCUUUUGAGUUUAUCCCAGGCUUUUCUGCCUCAGCAAGAUCAUGUGUCAACACAGUUGGGCUUACAGAGAGAAGUGCUGUGUUUUAAUGAAAAAGCUCAGGAAGAACUGCUUUUAAACAAGCAAGCAGAGCUGAUUGAAGGUGGUUCUUCUGAGCAGCCUGUUCCCUCUGUGUUUCUACCCAAGGAAGGAGAGCAUUCAUUUAUUCCACUACCUUUUGCUGAAGUAAAAUCUAAAAACAUUUGUGAAUUGUAUUCAGCCAAGAAUGAACAUGCAGCUCCUUCAAGUGCUUCUAUGAGCCCAAGACUUCCAGAUAGAUUUUUGAGUUUUUCACAACCUCUCUUAGCCCAGCAAGAUAAUUUGGGACUUCAGAAGCAGAUGGAGCUACAAAAAGAAGUUCUGCAUUAUGGCCAAAAAGCCCAAGAAGAAUUGCUUGUACGGAGACAAACAGCAUUGCAGCAGCACAUUCAGAAACAUCAGGAGACCUUGAAGGAUUUCUUUAAAGACAGUCAGACAAGUAAGCCCACAGUUGAAAAUGAUUUUGAAACUAAGAAGCUCAGAGAAUGCCUUGUUCAUCUCCAAGAUCUAGCCAAAGACAAUCAGGAAAACAUUGGUAGUGCAGGCAGGAGAAACUGUGAUGAUAAUCAGCUCCUUUCAGAAGAUAGUAAUGCCAAGCAAAGUGGGGAGCAUCAGGACAAAGAACUGGGUGGGAAAUCCUCAAAACCACCUGUAGCAAAAGUUAAAGGUGGAUUGGACUUGAACCAACAUGAACUUAGUGCCAUACAAGAGGUAGAAUCACCAGCAAGUGGCAGAACUUCUAUACUAGGUAAACCAGACUUUUAUCAAGACAGAGACCCACUGAGGGUCUCAGUAAGCCGAGAACAAAGUUUCCUUGGGAGCCCCCUGGGCUGUGAUCCAUUUGGUCAUCUUCACCCAGUUGCCCAGGAGAACAUCUGUGGUGAUGACUCUGAUAAAGCAGAGCCACAGAUGACCAUAUUCCUUGGCUGGCUUUCUCACAAAUGUUGGCUAUUGGGAGUACGAGAAAAACUAACUCAGAAUACCCGGAUUACUAAUAUCAAGGUCAGUGAGGCUGUGGUUGAGAAUCAUGCAGUAUUAAGUUACUCUGUGGAGGAAGAAGACCAUACGUACCUGGGUCCAAAUGUGAAGCCAGAUGAUAAGGCUGAAACACAAGAAAUUUAUCAUGAGCCAUUAUCUUCAAUAACUGUUUCUACUGGGAGCUUUUUAAGUUAUGAAAACACAGAUUUGAGCCUUACAGAGUCGUUUUCAGAGCUUGUGGACCAGAGGGAACAAGAAUCUCCCACCAGUAAAGAAGAGGAAACAAAUGUUUUAAGUUCUGUAGUUCCUUCAACACAAGUUAUUUAUCAAAGACAGGACCCUCAGGACGCCCAUAAACCUCUUUUACCUGCAGUGGAAACAUUUACAUCUGGUCAGACACACAUUCAGCAGAUGAUAGACAAGUACAUAAAUGAAGCAAAUUUGAUGACUGAAAAAACAGACUUGUGGGUUGACUUUGACUUUCCAGAACUGGAACAGAGUUUUCCAAAUUUGCAUCGUCAGCUGUUUAAACCCUUAGAACCACAUCCAGAUUUUGAUUCGUCAUCAUCUUUCUCUGGGAUUUCUCAAGACAGCAAAGACUUUUACCAGAGGUCAGAUUCCUCCUGUGAAAGCCUCCGUUCUAGUCUGCCACCCAAAAGUACAGCUUCUUUUACAGCAUUGAGGACCAGCCUGAACCAGCCUGACCCUAACUGGGCUCGUGACGAAGCUCAGAGUUUUGCUACAGAAACUGUUAUUGAAUGGUCUGAACAGUCUUUUCAGCAACUUCUGCCAGAAUUUUCUUCACAGGAAGGAAGCCAGCAUGCUGACUUACCAAGUAUUUUUAGCACUGAAGCAAGAGACUCUUCCCAAGGGGCGGAAAAUCAAAACUACUCCUCUGAACAGAAUGAAGUAUUACAAAACAAGCAAGAAAGUGUUCCUUUCCAGCUCUCUGUAGGAAAUUUGCAAAGCUCAGUCUUCAGUUCAUCUGGUGAGGCUAAUGUAUUUCAUCAAUUAAAUCUACAGCAUAGCACUCCAUGUGGUUCUACCUCCAGUGAGUGCUCAAUAAAAGACCAACCAGAAGGCAGAAAAGAAAGACUGGGCUUUGAAGAACUGUCAGAAAGAGGAGUUGGAACAGUGUUACAAGGUCAAGGGCUCACUGAUGAUAAAGAAACCUGUGGAGUCUUAAAUAUAAAUUCACAAUUAUGUGUAAGAACUUCAAUUCAGACACCAUAUUCAGUCACUGUUCAGAAUGAAAAAUGUCUUGAGGAUUCAACUACCGCAGAAACUCCAACAAUCAUAGGAAACCAAACUCAACUAGCACAGUCAGAGCUCUUUGUAAGUUCUGGAUCGUUUUCAUUACAGAACUCUAUUCCAAUCUGGGAGACAGAAUGUGGCCAUGGUAUAAUGGAAGAACCAGAACUUACAUUGAUAAGCAAUAGUGAUAUCAGUAUUGCUGAAAUGGAUUUUGCAAACUUAACUCUAGAAGAAAAGAGAGAAAAUGAGGCAAAGAGCUGUUUUCAGGUGAGUGAAUUUCUGCCUCUUCUAUCAGAAACACAAAACUCAGAUUGUCCAGCUGCAUCAGAACAUUCUGUGGAGAAACCACCAGCUGUGUGUGCAGAAACCCUUUCAAAGUUUACAGCUACUCCAGGGAGCUUACAAGAAGCAUUUAUAAAAAGGAAAAAAGCAUUUAUGGAGAGAUCCUCACAGAGACAGAAAGAAAUAAGGAAUAAAAUCCGUGUCUCUGGAAGUUCUCAAACCAAAAUCGUAAAGGAGAAACCUACAGGUUCAUUUGUCAGUCACCUGAAGGGUGUGAACAAGGUUAGAGUGUCUCUUCCUGAAGACAGAAAGACUGCACAAGCCCAUAUGCACCAAAGGGCUCUAAGAUUAUACCAUCAGUUACCCGAAGUGAAAAAGCAAAAGGAAGAGAAAGCAAAGCAAGACGCAUAUGCCCAAAACAGAGCAAGGGCAAAAGAAUUCCAUAAGAAAACAUUAGAGAAACUUCGAGCCAAAAAUAUAUGCUGACUUUCUGCACAAAGUGUAAAGGGUUUUUUUUAAUUAUGUGUAACACAAAGUUAUUUAAGUCAAUAAAUUUUUAAGGAAUUUCA